ACAGGAGGAACCAGACAUUUGGAAUGUAAGCGAAAACUGUUAAAAAUAAAAAUGAAACCUUGGUAAAAAAACGCAACUAGAUUUGCAAAGAUUAUCUUGUGUUUAGACAUCAAAGUGUUUGUUUUUUAAGGAAGAAGAAGAAGAAGGUGUGUUUCAAUGGACAAUGAUGUGUUGGGUAUUCUCAAACUUCGAAUCAUAAAAGGAAUUGAUCUUGCAAUUCGUGAUUCUCGUGCAAGUGAUCCUUAUGUCGUCGUCAUAAUGGGUGAUCAGAAGCUGAAGACGCGUGUUAUAAAAAACAACUGCAAUCCUACGUGGGAUGAAGAAAUGACCCUUUACGUAAAGGAUGUUAAUACCCCAUUACAUCUGACAGUUUAUGACAAAGACACUUUCACUGUGGAUGACAAAAUGGGUGAGGCAGAAAUAGACUUCAUACCCUUUCUUAAGUGUAAGAAGAUGGAAUUGAAAAACCUCCCAAAUGGUUGUGCAGUGAAGAGGAUCCAACCAAAUAGAAGUAAUUAUCUUGCUGAAGAGAGCAGUUGUGUUUGGAAUGAUGGUGAUAUUGUUCAAAAAAUGAUUUUGAGAUUGAAAAAUGUUGAGAGGGGUGAACUGGUUGUGCAAAUUCAGUGGGUUGAUGUUGUUGGUUUCAGGGGCUUAUCACAUAUAAAACUUUGACCAU